AUGGAGGACUACUCGGAGACUGCGUUCCUUCCAGUUUACACCUCCGUCGAAUACCUGCUCGGGCUCCGAACUGCCACGUCGUUCCGCGCCUACGUCAUCUGGAUUGACUUCAUUUCUCUGAUUGCAUUGGUCUUUUCUGUCUACGUAAGUGUCAUUUGAUGGCUAAUCACGGGUUUACGCUUUUAGACAAUCCGUCAAAUUGUGACGAAACAAGUGUUCACCAGGUCCAUUUCUCAUUUGUUGGUGGCCAGUUUACUGUACGGAAAUGUGCACAACCUAUCGUACACAGUAAUUGAGGUGGGUGGGUCUCCGGAAAGCACGAACAAUUUAUGAAGAUCUUUCAGUCUUGGUCGCUGUAUCGCUCGUUCGCCUACUCUAACAAUGUCACGGCGACCAUGUUCACCAGCGAGGAAUGCUUUUUUCAGCACGUUGUCAACUCUUGCGUUCGCUUUCUUUUCAUUGCCGUCGAAUUGGCACUGAAUAUAGACAGGUCAGCUGAAAGUUGUUUGUGUUUUUAGUUAGCCCAGAAGGCAGCGGUGCACCUGUCCGUCCUUCCAAACUCGAUUCGUCCCUGAUUCCAGACUAAUCGUCAUUCUUUUCCGCAACUUCUCCCAGUGCUAUCCUCUUCUUCGUGGGGAGCUUCUCAACUUUUUUGCCGUAAGUCGACUCAUCUUUGUUUUGUUUUCUGUUCAAAUUUCUCUGUUUUGCCAGGUGGUUCUUUCGUUUGCGCUUGGCUGCUUUCUGCACCGAGGAGGAUGGCACCCGGGCACAGUGACAACGAGCUGUUUCCGAGAGACGGACAUCACCAUCAACCUCUGCUCGUGAGCAUUCCCCUGCUUCUUUCUCAAAACAAAGAUAAACAGCCUUUCAGAACGAAUCUGACGUCGUACACGAUUCUGGCGAUCGCAUGUGCCGUCCUCGACUUCUUCAUGAUGUGGUACACGUGGAAUGAUAGGAAAAAGAUCAACUACGACCUGAAGUCGAAGUAUCUGAAAGUGGAACAACACUAUUCCCUUCUCGCGGUGUCACUGAAUUCGUUGAUUCAGUUGUUUGUCACUUCUACGUACACUAUCAGUAUGUACGUGCUCUCGCAAAUGGCGCUGCGAGACCCGAAAUUUGGGAAUGCCAAUUUGCUGCGGUGGUUUUAUGUGAGUUUUCGGGGCAACCGGGGACCAAGUACACAACAUAUUUGGAUGUGUUUUUCAGACAACUCCCUACUCCACUCUACUUGUUCCUCUCCAAUUAGCCGCUUUCAUCAGCUGGAUCAGACAUCGUCGGAAGAAGAGAAUCAGCAGUGUGACACGUGAAUCAGUCACCCAGGAGAGCUACUUUACUCAGCUGUACACAGUCUGGAGGACUCCUCGCUAG